GCGUGGCACAGAAUCACCGCCACCAAGGCCCCUUUCUCUUUGUAUAACAUCAAAUCCUAAAUCCCCCCAAGUCUUUCUUCGUUCAUUUCUUUCGCUCUAUUAACCCUAGUCGACCCUUCGCAAUUCCUCGGCCAAGUUACCAUCCCAUUCUUGCUUGAGAGAGGGUUUUUCCAAUGGCUUCAAAGCGGAUUAACAAGGAGUUAAAGGAUCUGCAGAAGGACCCUCCUGCUUCAUGCAGUGCUGGCCCUGUUGCUGAUGAUAUGUUCCAUUGGCAAGCAACAAUCAUGGGCCCAGCGGACAGUCCUUUUGCUGGAGGAGUCUUUCUUGUUGCCAUUCACUUCCCCCCAGACUACCCUUUCAAGCCACCCAAGGUUUCUUUCCGAACAAAGGUUUUCCAUCCUAACAUCAACAGCAAUGGUAGCAUCUGUCUUGACAUUCUGAAGGAGCAGUGGAGCCCCGCCCUGACCAUAUCCAAGGUUCUUCUGUCAAUUUGCUCACUUCUGACAGAUCCAAAUCCCGAUGACCCUCUGGUGCCUGAGAUUGCUCACAUGUACAAGACUGAUAGAGCCAAAUAUGAGAGCACCGCCCGCUCGUGGACCCAGAAAUAUGCAAUGAAUUAAAGGGUCCGCCAGGAUGUCAUGUUGGAUCCCUAUUAGUAAAUAAUAGAAAUAACUGUCUGGAUACUAUAUAAAACAUCUUUGAUAAGUUUCGAUGUUUCUGUGGAUUUAAAAGGGUUAUUGCUCUUAAUUUAAAACCGAAACAGGUCUUGUAAUAGCUGUUUAAUAUAGCUUUAUGAAGCAUUUAUGCUAAAUUCAGGUGUUUGCUCUCGCAA